AGUUUCACGCGCAUAGGCAUUCUUUCACAGACGCGCGCGCAGAUGCGGGCAAUGGAUGGGCAGAAUAUGUGUUUAGCGCGUAUUAAUAUAUAACCUUUAAAUGCGUAUAAGCCUUUCUUUAAUUGACUUUAAGUGCAACAUCGUGAAUAAAUAUUUUUUAAUUGGUUUAGAAACCUAUAUUCCUACCAAUUAUCGCAGUGCAAUGGAUUUACAGAACAUGAAUGAAACUCAGAUCCCGUUCUGGGAAGGUAUAAGAACUCCAGACAAUUCCAGUGUGAACAGCUCUGCGUCGGAAGUUAACGCCACCUGUAGCAAUGCGUCAAUAAUUCAGAAAUUCAAACCCACACGAGCAAAAGAAAUGGACUCCGUGAGGAUUAUUCUUUACUCACUUGUCUUUCUCCUGAGUGUUUUUGGGAACCUGCUGAUCAUUGUGGUCCUAAUAGCAAACAAGAGAAUGCGGACAGUCACCAACUCCUUCCUGCUCUCGCUCGCUAUUAGUGAUCUCAUGAUGGCCAUCUUCUGCAUGCCCUUUAAUCUCAUCCCCAGCCUGCUGGAGGACUUCAUCUUUGGAGCAGCGAUGUGCAAGACAGUCGCCUAUUUCAUGGGUAUAUCUGUCAGUAUCUCCACCUUCAGUCUGGUGGCCAUUGCCAUUGAAAGAUACAGUGCCAUUUGCAACCCGCUGAAGUCCAGAGCAUGGCAGACCCGUUCUCAUGCCUAUAAGGUCAUCGCUGCAACAUGGGUACUAUCUGUGUGUAUCAUGGUGCCCUAUCCUGUGUUUAGUAUACUGGUGCCUUUCAACAAGCCAAACAACAUCACAGCUCACAUGUGCAGGCUUGACUGGCCCAUCAGCCAGGUGGAACAGACUUGGUACGUCUUGUUGCUCUCCAUUCUGUUCUUCAUCCCAGGUGUGGUGAUGAUAAUUGCCUACGGUCUCAUAUCCAGAGAACUUUACAGAGGGAUUCAGUUUGAACUGGAGCAGAAGAAAGACUCUAGUGGUGUAAAGAAUGGGUUGAAUGGUGCACUGUCUUCUGGCCAUGAUGAGAGUGAUGGAUGUUAUAUCCAAGUCCCAAAGAAGCCCCCCGCUAUGGAACUUUCUGCUGUGACCACCUCUGGCACCGUCAAGGCAGACCGUCCACGGAGCAACACCUCAGAGGCAAAGCUCAUUGCCAAAAAACGAGUGAUCCGAAUGCUGAUCAUUAUAGUAGCUAUGUUCUUCGUAUGCUGGAUGCCUCUAUACUCUGCCAACACCUGGAAGGCUUUUGACCAAAAGUCAGCACAGCGCGCACUUUCUGGAGCUCCCAUCUCCUUCAUUCAGCUUCUAUCCUAUACCUCAGCCUGUGUCAACCCCAUCAUCUACUGCUUCAUGAACACCCGCUUCCGGAAGGCACUCUUGGCCACAUUUGGGUGUUGCAGGCUCCCAUGCCACACACAGAGGAAGAGGAGGGAAGGUGAUGACGAGAUCACUGGAGUCACAGGGGCGUCCAUAUCAAAGUUCAGUUAUACCACCGUUAGCACGUUAUCCUACAUGAAGAUGUAUCAGGUGGGCAAGGCAAUUCAGUCGUCAACGGAAUCAACAGUCUCUUGGAAAUCUUCACCCCAGUUGAAGUGAUGCCAUGGUCAAAACUUCCAAGCUGCAUGACAGGUUGGAAUUGUAAUGCCCUGGCACUGGAGAUAAUGAUUUAAAUGGAAAAUAAUAAACUGUAGAGUGAAGUUUGAUGUGAUUGCUUUGGAAGCACUAAUGUUCUAAUACACAUUCUCACUAAAACAAACACACACACACACACACACACACACA